UCCCCUUGCCUCGUGCAAGUGGGAGGGUGUUUGUCCCAGCCCGGGACUCACAAGCCCAAGAAGAAGCCUGAUUGGUUGGCUGGCUCGUGGUGGGCGGGGCUUGCUGAGAGGCCGAGCGUUUCCCCGCUCUGGCCUCUCAGUCGGCUGUUUGUUUCCGAUUAGGAAGGAGCUCAGUCCGGGAGCUCCUUCCUCGAAGGCCUUAGUUGGGGGGGUGCGCCCGACAAGCGGGCGAGGCGGCAUUCGGCGGCGUUCCGUCGAGGGGGCCAUAGUGUCAGCGGUGGCCCCGCUGGUAGGGGGGUACUCCCGGGACUGCUCCCGGCUGGGUUGCAGCUGCAGCAGCAGCGUCUUUGGGCCUCUUCAGCGCGGCGUCGGCACUCGGCUUCCUGGGCGUGGUUCUCCUUCUGGGCGUUUGCCCUUUUGGUUUGUGGGGUAUUUGGGGGGUUUCCAUCAGCCUGGGUGGCUGGGCAGCGGCCCCUUUUCCGUUCCCUGGAGCACUACUUUUGAUGCCAACAUUCUUUUAUUUGUUUGGUGGGUAGCAGGUGGGUGUUUGUGCUCAUCGGUGCCCUGGUGGGCCUGGCCUGGUUGAGAGUCAAAAGGCCUUUUCAAGCCUUCUCCUUGGGUGGGGGGCUCUGGUGCUUUCCUGGAUAGGAUUGAGUAUUGUUUUUGAUUCAGGACAAGGGCUUGGCUUUUGUUCUAUAUCCUUGCUACCUUCAUUCUGUGUGUGGUUGGCGCUUUUUUUUUUCUCCAACCCCUUUUGGAAUCCCACUAUUUGGAGGCAGUAUGCCGGGGAAGGCCAAGGGCAAGAAAGGGGGGCGCCCUGUUAAGCAGCCCAAGAGGCCUGCUCCCCCGCAGUCCUCCUCGGAGGAGGAGGAUGAGGAGAUGACUCUGAUACGGGGGUUAAUUAAUAGGAUGGAAGCUUUAGAGAAAGCAAAAGCAGCCCCCUCCGACAAAGGUGCGGGUCCUUCAGGUGUGGGGGGGGUGCCUCCUCCUAAGGUCCCUCGGAGGACCAGGGGUUCUGUGAAAAGCCAGCUGCUAACUUCUCUCUCUAGUAGGCUGGCUGCGCUGGAAGAAGGGCUGAACCCUGCUGGACCGGGCCCUUCUGCUCCUGCGUUACCGCUUCCUGAACCUGAGUCUCCAGUUCCGGAGUCGCCUUCACCAUUGCUACCUCCGCCUGCGGCACCAGUUGUUCAGCCUCCAGUGGAUACGGCUACUCCUUUGGCCCAGGGUGCUGGCGGGGCGGCGGUCCCGGUCCGAGUCCUGAUGUGUGGCCAUUCGUUGGUCUUCUGGGCUUUCAAGCGGGCCAGCACCACCCGCUGGGGAUCCCAGUUGGGUUUAGGAAGCAAGGCUUCAGUUUAUUGGUUGGGCAUGAGGGGCAUGCUCUGGAAUCAGUUGCUUCCAGCAUUGAGGGAGCAUUUAGAUAGGUUUCCCAUUCCCGACAUCCUGGUUCUUCAUUUAGGGGAGAAUGAUUUGGGCCGGCGGCCUGGCCUCGCCAUCCUUCAGCAAGCCUCCUCGGAUUUGUCUAUUUUGCGCAGCUGGAUGCCUGGCGUGCGCAUAAUAUGGGUUAAUUGGCUCCAGCGCAGGGUGUGGCGGGGUGCUCAUUCUUGCCUUAGCUUGGAAAAGGCACGCAGGAAGAUUUCAGCCGCAAUAGGUAAAGUGGUUUUGGCGGCCGGGGGGGUCUGUGGUGCGGCAGCCAGAUAUAGCUGCUCGCUUUCCCGAGUUAUUCCGCCCUGACGGGGUCCACCUGUCUGAGAAAGGUUGUGAUUUGUAUCUGCAUAAUAUCCGGGAAGUGCUUGCUGAAGGUUUGGAGGGGGUGGGGCAGGAAGGUCAAGCGAGGGCUAACCUUCCUGGGUGGCGGUAACAGUGCGGGCUGUGGGUAAGGAGGUCUAGAUUUCGGUGAGCACCCUUGGACAUUUUAAGGUGGAUUGGUCAAUUGCUUCCUUGUGGCCUGUGCGGCACGGGAAGAAUUACAUUGCCAAGAAACCUGCUUCAGGACUUCACCUACCUUUGGGCUGUGCGGUCCGGGGAGGUAAAGAUCCGAAGCUGUCCAGAUCCCCUCUUCUAAAAGGGGUGGUUGGCUUUGAAGGAAUUGGGCGGGAGCUACCUGCCUCUUUCCUGAGCCAGGGUGUGUCGCCCUUGCAGGCGAUGGGUAGGACGUUUUGAAUCCUAGCCCACGCCUAGGUGCCCGCACUGUUUUUAUGUUGGUGAUUAAUCACCUUGUUUCCAGUCCGCCACAAAUGUUGUUAUAUUAAUAAAGCGUGGCCCGUUUCUCCCAUUAAAAAAUGUCUCUGUGUCUUCUUGGGCUGGGGUCUGGGUACAAUCCCCCUCCCCUUGCCUCGUGCAAGUGGGAGGGUGUUUGUCCCAGCCCGGGACUCACGAGCCCAAGAAGAAGCCUGAUUGGUUGGCUGGCUCGUGGUGGGCGGGGCUUGCUGAGAGGCCGAGCGUUUCCCCGCUCUGGCCUCUCAGUCGGCUGUUUGUUUCCCCCUCCCUCCCUCCCUGUUGCAGAGCGGGUCUAGUGACUGGUCGCCUAUGGGCCGAGUAGGAAUUUUUUGCUCUCAACUUAUUGGCUGUUGUUGGGGUUUUUUUCGCCUACUCUGUUCUGCAGUCAGUUGGUAGUUAGGUUCUAGGUUGGCCACGUUGGCGGUAACAGUGCGGGCUGUGGGUAAGGAGGUCUAGAUUUCGGUGAGCACCCUUGGACAUUUUAAAGUGGAUUGGUCAAUUGC